GACGCCAGCUUUUAUAGACUACUACAUAAAGUACUACCAGGUAGAUAGGUCGAUAGUUAUAUUAAAUUAUCGCUAGAUCACUAUUUCACCACAACAUCGUAAACAUUAUCCCCGAAAGUAAUCAGAUUCCUUCGCCCCACUAGGCUUGCCCAGGCCAGUAAUGAGCUAGGCAUUAUGAUAGCUUAUUAAUAGACAGACUCGGGUAACCAUUCAUGGGCCCUGAGGCUUAACCUCUAAACUUUCUUCAUUACUGAUCUCCUUCAACCGCCUAGGUAUCUAUUAAUCCGAAGACGACAUGUUACAAUUCCUAGGGCCCGAAGGCCCUCCCAUCACAUCAUUCAUCAUGAGAGGGUUUGGGUACGUAACCCUAGCUAGCUUGCUGUUCUUCUUGUUUCGCUUGUAUCAAGUUCGGAUGAUGUUUCGGCGAGUUCAAAAGCAACAUGGAAUUCCAAUUAUGCCCCAUUCGUUUCUUUUUGGCCACCUUUUAACGCUCGCUAAGAUUAGCAUUAAAUAGUAUGUAUAAAGCACGUUCUAAUGCCCCAAAUCCUACUACGUAAGAAUAUAGUAAUUAAAAUCUGAUAGUAAAAUUCCACGAGACGGCCAUGGCCAAUGGAUGUUUCUUCACAUUAAGCAAGAAUACCCUGAGAUUGCAAAUCAGGGUAUUGUUUACAUGGAUGUAUGGCCGAUUGGCUACCCGAUGUUUGCAGUCUAUCAUCCCAAUAUGAUGGCGCAAUUCAUUCAGGAGAACAGUCUCCCUAAAUUCUGGGCUAUGCCGCAAGUCGAAUUCAAGGGCUUCACCGGAGGUCAAGACCUGGUGAAUCUAGACGGUUUGGAAUGGAAAAAGGCUCGAAGCCUAUUUAAUCCUGGUUUCUCGGCGAAGAAUCUAUUAUCUCUCGUCCCUGAUAUGAUAGAGGAAGUCUUAGUCUUCCGAGAACGACUCAGGAAAGUUGCCGCUAGCGGGGAAGUUAUAAAGCUCGAAGAUUAUACGACUAAUAUAACCGUCGACAUAGUCGGGCGCGCUGUACUGGGAACGCGUCUACAAACACAGACUAAGCCAAACCGCUUAAUGGAAACAAUGAAAUCCCAGUUAAGUCUACUCUACUUUGGGCUCGACAUUCUCAAGCAACUAAAUCCAAUUCUUCCGUUGAAAAAUUGGAUAUACAAUCGGAUGAUCCGCAACGAGUUGACCCCUUACAUUCUCAACACGGCUCAAAAUUACGAGAAGAUUGAAGGGCCCAAAACUAUUGUCGCCCUAGCUCUAAAAGAAUAUAUCAACGAGGUGCAAGAUUACACCGCAAGAGGGAAUAUCCCGUCUGAGUUCGUUGAGCGGGUUAUCAAACAUAUCAAGAUCUUCAUGUUCGCCGGGCACGAUACUACUGCUACGGUUCUCGCGUAUAUAUACUACAUGCUUAGCAAGCAUCCGGAUAAAGCAGCCAAGAUACGUGCCGAACACGAUGAAGUAUUAGGUACCGACCCAGCUGCCGCUGCAAGCUUGAUUAGAGCCGAUCCCACAUUACUGAAUAAAUUGCCGUAUACGAUGGCCGUCCUGAAGGAAACACUCCGCCUAUUCCCGCCCGUAGGUGGCAGUAUCCGUCAAUCCCCGCCGGGACACUUCCUUACGCAUCCCGAAACCGGGGUCCGCUAUCCAACCCACGGUUUCAUGAUGCAUUCCUCUGCAGCGACGGUAUUACGUGACCCAGAAUACUGGCCCGACGCUGACUCGUUUAUUCCGGAGCGAUUUAUGACGCGUGAUGAGAGCGAUCCCUUGCACCCGGCGAAAAACGCCUGGCGGCCAUUUGAGAUGGGACCUCGGAAUUGCAUUGGCCAGGAACUGGUUUUUGUAGAAGUACGGCUGAUCCUUGCCUUGACAGUACGUGAGUUCGAAGUCGAAGAGAAUUACCCAGCAGAUGCACCGUCGUGGAUGGGCGUCAAAGCGUACCAGAUCACUAAUCCAGAAGUUAUUUCCACGGCUCAUCCCAAGGACGGUCUUCCCGUAAGGAUCAAGUCCAGGAGCUGAGGUAAUUUGGCCAGUUUAUUUUUAUAUAGUGUAAAAAGCUAGUAUCUCUUCGUGUGCAUAGUAAACUAUUCUAUCU